UCUCGCGUCUCAAAUGCUCAUGCUCAUGCUCAAUGUGCUUUUCACGAAUUCGCGGAAUCCCGAAUCUUUUUCAACUAAUUUUGCAGUAACUUAAGUGUGUUUCAGCAGUGCCUUUUAUUGUUCAAGUAGCUUGAGAUUCAGAGUUUCAUUGAAGAAUACAGUAUUCUCUCAUCUCGAAUCUCUCGUGUUCCCUUUCUUGUUUGCUCACUCAAUUGCAGUUAAUGUAAUUUGUUAAUUCUCUCAGGUCCUCUCUGUUUACGCUUAAUUUUCUUUCUUUGCAAAGACCUCAUCUCGUAGGAUAUUGUUUGCACACUCCACUACCAUGUUUAUACGGCAUAGUUUUUGUCUUGUUGCUUUUUUUCUACUUUGUGUUGGUCUGACUGAAUGUCUUGGCGGCCCUGGCAAAAAUACAUCAAAUGGAAGGUCAAAUGUGAGGACAUACAAAGCUGAAAACACUAAGGAAAUGGAGUUUCACCAGAACUUAAAUGGCGGGUGGGGUCUCUCGGAUUCAGUUCCACCUAAAAGUCUAAAAGGCAGAGAUGUCCCUCCGAAGAAAUCUAAGGGUUCUGGAAUUUCAGCGUGGGCCCUCAUAGGAUUGAUUCUAGGAGCAAUUUUAUCCGGAGUUUUCGUGUACUACGCUAUGAUAUUUUAUCCUAUCUUAUGCAAGAAGGAGAGAAAGUAUGACGUGAUGGAAGUGUCCGCGACACCCUGAACAGUGAGAAUAAUCUAUAAUCCAUAGAAUUGCAGCAGAGGUUUCAAAAACUCGCUAGAUACUUCUGUAAAUAUUGUCGGACCAGUCUCAGUCUCCUAGGCAAGCCUCUCUUCACAGGCUCCUAUGUUGGCUGAAUCUUGGAAAUUACUCUCCUGAAUGCGGAGGCUGGAUCGAGAAUGAAUGUCACAAUAAUGACAUUGAGUAUUAUAUUUGUAACAACCCCUCAGGCAGGGGUUCUUCUAGCAUGACACAUUUAUUUAUUUCCAAGAUUUUGGAAUUCAGAACAAAAGCUCAGAAACAUUUGAGUUUAUUUUGAAUGUAAAGAAGGUAGGUGAGUCCUACAUUACCUAUUGUGUGUACGAAGCAUUCCUAGCCGCACGGGUCAUAGAGUCCACACCCAAUAAAUGUAUGCACUUGUAGAGUGUAAUAGAAUAUACAGUCAUUUUUAUUCUUGUAUUUGUUUUCAAUGCGUUAUGAAAGACAGCUGAUAUCCUGUUGCACACUAUAAGUACGUACACUUAUUUGGCGUGGACUUUACUCCCAAAAAAUCUCAUUAUCUUGGAGUUUGUGGAAAUGCAGACCCCCAAGCCUUUUUCUGCCCUCUCUGAUUUAUUCACCCACAUAUUUAUUGUAGAAAAAAAUACACGAUAUCUUAAUUUCAUUUCGACUGUCACAGAGAAAACUUGAAAAUUUUUUAAUGCAUGAAUAUAUAUAUGUAUCCUCCAAGUUAUAUCAUUGUUGAAACUUCAAGAGAUCCAACAUGAAAGUUAAGAUAGUUAUAAGAGUUUGCACUGUAUACAAACAGACUCGUAAUAGUUGUACCAUUCCGAUUUAGUCAUGCAGUUAGGAACUCACCCAUUCUGGAUUCAUUCCCAUGAACAAAAGAAGGUAUUAAUCUUCUGUGAGAGUUAGCAACUCAUUCAGUUUUUAUUUCAAUGUAAAAAAGUUGUAUCCUGAGAUUUUGCUUAUAAUAUUCUGUUUUGAUACAAUUUUGAUGUGGUGAAGGUACUUCUGUGAAGUUACUAGCAGGCUUAUUAUCUAGAAUAGUACCUAACUCAUUAUGAAAAACAAGGGUUGGUUUCUUUUAGCCUUGUUUGUUCUAAUUCAAGCCGUAUUAAAAGAAUUUACACUAUGAUUUUAAGUGCUCAGCUAUAUCUAAAUAGUAUCCAGGGAAGUUUUUAAAGGAAUUAUUUUAACAUUCCAUAAAGUGUCAAGAGAGAGAGAGGAAGCACAUGAAAGCUGUGUCAGUGGUAUACACUAAAACAAUCUCAAGGUACAAGCGAUAAGCAGAGUUCAUCUCAACAAGACCAGUCUUGUUUUCCUUUUAAAAACGCACUGAAGUCGUUGUCUUCAAGUUUUUGUUGUAAUUAGGUCAUGCAGUAAGAAAGAGAUGGAUGCUGAGUUUCAGGCGGGCCUGUCAAGGUAUGUGUUUGUGGAAGCUGAACCAUCUUAGCUAGAUUGCGUUUUAGACUGUGUUUGUUAUAUGCCAGCAACAUAACUUUUGUGUGCCUCCUUGUUUAUAAAUUGGCUGCAAUGAGUUUAAAUUUUGUUCGUAUUUUGUUCAAAAUAUCCACUGCCAUGUUGGUCACAAUGGCUUUUCUCUUGUUUGGAUUUUUUUAUUAUUGUGCAAUUCCACCAUCAACAGUCCUACCUAAUGUUCAUCACUUCGACCGUGAUGGCACAAUUGUAGAAAACUUUCAAAUUUUGUUGCUUUCAUAAUUAGAUAUUUACUUGAUCCGCUGUGAAUCUGAAACUUAAAGGCUGAAAAAGACAUUUUUUGUAGAGCAGCACUGCAAACCUCAGAUGCACGUUUUUCUAACUUAAAGAAUCUCAUAAUUUUAACGCGAAAUACUUAUAUUUUUUACUCAACUCUUAUUUUUGGUUCUAAUUAAUGUCGAUCAGUUUUUACAAGUUUUUUUUUUUUUAAAUGUUCUUGAUUGUUUAAAUGGCAAUCACAAUUUUGCAAUCGCAUUUUUCCAUGGAAGCAGAAAGUUUUGAACUGCAUAUAAAGAUAAACACUCUAAUUAUUGACUGCACAAGGGUUAGGUCUUUUUUUUUUGCUUUUUCAAUCGUAAUUCCUGUUUUUUUAAAAAAAAUUUCUUUUGUUUCUGUAUUAUUUAAAGUGCGUUUGUCAUGUAGUCUUACUUUAAAUUAAGUUUUUAUGGUGUCUACUUAAAACUUGGGGCACAUUAAGUAAACCUUCCUACAGUAAUAAGCUAAGUAACUCUCCUCAUGAAAAAUUCAUUUUGUAUUUCAUCAGAGGAAUACACUUUAAAACACUUAAAAACAAUAAAAUCACUAACCUAGGCCCAAAUUUUAUUGGGCUUCAGUCAACUGUAAGUUUCAAAACGUAACCGCUAAUUUUGGCUUAAAGUUGGGAAAAAUAUACGCUCAACUCAUGCUGUACGCAAGUGGAGCUUUUUUACAGCAGGCUUUAGCUAUCCCUAGUUCUUCAUCGGUUCAGACUAUCAAUCAGGAAUCAUAUAACGAAGUCAACAUUCUUGCCUCAGCUUGUGGUCGACUGCUAACCUACCAACAAAAUUUGGGCCUGGCACCUUGAAAAGUGUGAUGAUCAAUCGCAAUUACUUUCAUUAAAUAAACUUAAUUUCCACCGAUUUAUUAAGCAAUGGAUUCAUGAAACUGUACAAUAAAAAAUUAGUUAUAGUUCACUCUUAGGUUAAGCUCAGUCAGAAUUUCAAAGGUCUUAUCUUGAAUUUAAAGUCUAAGAUGACCGUAAAUGUAUUUGCUUUUGCUUUUAAGAUUUUACUGUGAUAUUUUUUACUGUAUUUGUAGGGUAAGAAGUUGAAGAGUGUUUUAUUUUUUAUAGCAUCUUUUUGUAGAAACGUUGCGUUUGAAUUUAUUUUUUAUGUCUUGAACAAUCGUUUUGUUCUGGAAGAAAUCAUGUUUUUUUUAACGGAGAAACGAAGUAUUAUUAUUUGCUCCAUUACUAUAGCAAGUGAAUCUAUGUCAUCAUCUUUAUAUGCUUAAAGCUGAGAAAAUAAUCUUUGUUUUAUUUUCAUAAGAUGAAAUUUUCUCAUAGAACAUUAUGUUUAACCUUACCUUUUACAUCAUGAACUGUCGCAAUGUUCUAGAGAAAACAACUUUUUUACAUCUCUAAAACUGAGUUGUAUAAGCAUUCUAUUGCUACCAGCAAGUGAUUUUGCCGACUUUGUUUUACUCCGGUUUAUAUAUUAAGAAACCAUGUACUCAUGUUUCUCUUUAAGUUCUUAUUUUCGUCUUGAAUCAUAUCGACCAAUAAUCGAUUUAUCCUACAAUUGACUAGGCAUUUGAUGACAAUUAAGAGUAAUUUUUUACAAGAUUUUUCCAGGAAUUAAUAGAUGUAAUAAAUAGAAACUCGAUCAUCCAAACUAACUGGAAACACGAGGUGAGGUCCAAUAAUAAUAAAAUAAAAUAAUAUCUUUGAUUUGAAUUAUUUAAUUACGGAUCAUCGAGUUUUUACCAUAACUCUUAUUUUAAGUGCCUUUCAAGAAGAUCUGAUGUACCUAUGUAGGCAGACGCAACUGUUUUGGUGUCUAGCCAGCCUGAGAAAGCAAAUUUUUUCUCACCCAUGAAUUUCUUCCGAUUCAAAUAGUAUUACAAGCAUCAAUAAUCUCAUUCCUAAGUGGAUUUUUCACUUUUUCCUUACAAUAAAAUUUUUUGUAAUUUUACUCCAAAAAAA